UCCAUCUCCAUCGGAUCAUCAAGAAUCCGACGCAGAGACCAGGCUGGUGGGGCCCGCCAUGAACCUUGGCAUUUCCAGGUCCGCAACUUCGCAUGUGUCGGGCGCUGGAAUCGCGUCUCUAAUCCAUCCGCCUUCAUCUUUUACCGACCACACGCUAUCAACGAUUCCUGAGUACAACUAAGCCGCAUCGACAACGUGGACGAACACAUUUUGACCGAGCUCUGAAGUCUCGCUGGUAAUUUGUGAGCUUAGCAGAAGAAGCCAUCAGGAUAAUUCGGCGCAUCGUAGUCAACUUCCACCGGGACGAGUCACCCACUAUCAAUCUUAGUUCGGCAACCGUCACCAUGUCCGCCACCGGCGCGGCAGCAGCUCAAACCAACGGCGCGCCGGCGCCAUCAACUUCGCAAUCAGUUUCAUUUAGUCAACAACCUCAACCAGCCCAAUCACAAGCAAACGCCCCUCCCUCCCAAAUCCAACCCAACUCGCAGCUGGCAUCCCAGAACCAGCUCCAACAACAGCAACAACCAACAACGACGACAGCAACGCAGUCAACCACGGCGCCGCGCCCCCGCGAUGCUCGUACGAUUGAGCUGCUCCUCACUGCGCAAGGGGUAACCUCCUUCGAGCAGCGCGUGCCGCUGCUGCUGCUGGACUUCGCCUACCGGCACACGGCCUCCAUCCUCUCGGACGCGCUGCACCUGUCGGCCGACCCGUACACAUCACACGCGGGAGCGCGCCCCAGCGCGGCGUCGGGCGCGGCGCCCGUCAACGUCGGCGAGGCGACCAUCAGCUCCAACGCCGUGCAGCUGGCGAUCGCGAGCCGGCUUGGGUUCCAGUUCCGCGGUGGUGCGGGUGGUGGGACCGGGGGCACUGGUGGCGGGGGGGCGAGUAAGGACUGGAUGAUGGAGUUGGCGAGGGAGAAGAAUAAGGUUGCGUUGCCGAGGGUGUUACCAAGCGAGUGGGGGGUACGGUUGCCGAGCGAGAGGUUUGUGUUGAGUGGGGUCUCCUGGGGCUUGAGGGAUGUUUGGGCCGGCCAGGAAGGGUUAGAAGAGAGCAGUGAGGAAGACGAGGACCAGGACGACGAGAUGAUGGUUGAUGGACCUGGUGCAGGGAGGGCAGCCGAUGCCAUGGACGUCGAGACGGAGGAUGUCGGUGGGGAUGGGGUGGAAGGGGGUACAAUUGGUGACGUGUUUGGGGAUGAGGGUAUGGAGGACGAGGAUAUGACCGAGGCGUGAGCUGGCUGUCACAUGCUAGAAAAGAGACACGGUACGGCGGAGUUGAGGAUCGGGACUUCUCCAAAUCGGACUGUACACUGGAGAUACGUUUCCUCUGGUAGCAUGGAAGGAGUUCGGGAGUUUUCAUGGGCCUUACGAUAUGGAUCUGGUACCAGGGCGUGGUAGGAUCAGACUUCACUUUCCUGAUACCUAGAUAAUCUUGUCAGUUGCGGAAGGCGUACA